AUGGCUCGCAGGCGCGCGGCGGGCGGGCGGCCGCGGGAGCGCGAGCCGCGCAGGCGGAAGGCCGAGGGCGGCCGCGCGGCGCCGUGCGAGGGGGACGCGGGUGACAGCGCCGCCGGGCCGGGCUCCGCGGGCAGACGCCGCCGGAGGGCGGAGGAGGCCGGACGCGGAGAUGUCUCGGAAGAUGAGAAGCCCCCAGAGAAGAGCCUGCCCUCCAGGGCUUCCCGCGGGAAGAGGAAGAGAGGCUGCAGCCAUCCCGAGCCCUCAGCAGAGGGUCCUACGAAAAAGAAAGUGGCCAAGGCGUCGGCGAAAUCUAAGAAGGUCAAGGUCGUGAAGGAGGAAGGCCCCAGCGACGGGGAAGAUUUCAGGGACCUUCCGAGUGAACGCAAGAGGACACGCCACCCAAAGAGAGGGGCUCCCGCGGACAAAGGCAGUGACAAAGGAGAGGAUGAGGAGGAAAGCGAAGAUGACUGGGAAGAGGUCGAAGAACUGAGCGAGCCUGGGCCAGGUGACGCGGGGGAACAUGCCACCUCCUCUCAGUCUCUUCUGCCUGUGACCCCGGUGGAGAUCGAGAUUGAAACGCCGGAGCAGGCGAAGACCAGAGAAAGGAGGGAGAAGGUGAAGGCCGAGUUUGAGACGCAUCUGCGGAGAGUGAUGAAGCGCUUCAGCAAAGAAGUCCACGAGGACACACACAAGGUCCACCUGCUGUGCCUGCUGGCCAACGGCUUCCACCGCAGCAGCGUCUGCAGCCGGCCGGGCCUGCGUGCCCUGGGCCUCUCCCUCGUGCCCCCGCGCUUCGCCACGGUACCGCCGGGGGACGCGGACGCCUGCUACCUCUCCAGCCUGCUCCAGUGGUUCGUGGGAACGUUUACGGUCAACCCCGAGCUGUCGGCCAGCGAGCAGGACGACCUGCAGACGACGCUGGAGAGGAGGUUUGCCGUGUGCUCCGCGAGGGACGACGAGGAGCUGGUGCACAUGUUUCUCGUGAUUCUCCGGGCUCUGCAGCUCCUGACCCGGCUGGUGCUGUCGCUGCAGCCGAUUCCUCUGAGGUCGUCAGCCACAAAGGGGAAGAAACCUGCCAAGGAGAGACCCACCGAGGAUCCCGGAGGCCCCGCGGAAACUUCCGGCGGGGUUCGGGGAAGCCGCAGCAGCGCGAAGCCCAGCGGGGGGGCCAAGCGGGAGGAAGCCGUUUCUCGGGCCACCGGCGACCGCGGUGCCAAGGGCAGGAGGAGCAAGGCGGGCAGGAGGAGCAGGGCGCCCUCGUGCAGCGAGGAGGAAGAGGGUGCCCGGGGCCGGCAGGAGGAGGUGACCCGGCGACGCCUGCGUGGCCGUGAGCGGCAGGCGGCCUCCAGGGUCUCGUACAAAGAGGACAGCGGGAGUGGCGACGCCCGCAGUGGCUCCGACUUCGAGCCCUCCAGUGGGGGCGCCGGGGACCCCUCCGACGACGACUCUGAACCCGGCCUUGCGAGGCAGAGGACAAAGGCCGGGGCCAAGAGCGCCUGCGGGCCCCGCCGCGGGGGUCCCCGUGAGCGCCCGGGCUCCCCGGCAGCCCCCGCCGGCCCCGCGGGCGUGGACCACUGGCUGGAGGUGUUCUGCGAGCGGGAGGCCCGGUGGGUGUGCGUGGACUGCGUGCACGGCACCGUGGGCCAGCCGGCCACCUGCUUCCGCUACGCCACCAAGCCCGUGGCCUACGUGGUGGGCUUCGACGGCGACUGCUGGGUCCGCGACGUCACCCCGCGGUACGACCCCGCCUGGAUGACGGCCACCCGCAGGCUGCGCGUGGACGCCGGGUGGUGGGCGGAGACGCUGCGGCCCUACCGGGGCCCGUCCACGGAGAGGGAGGAGCAGGAGGACUCGGAGUUCCAGGCGAAGCAGCUGCAGCAGCCCCUGCCCACCGCGGUCGGCUCCUACAAGAACCACCCGCUGUACGCGCUGAAGCGGCACCUGCUGAAGUACGAGGCCGUCUACCCCGACACGGCCGCCGUCCUCGGCUACUGCCGCGGGGAAGCCGUCUACUCCAGGGACUGCGUGCACACCCUGCACUCCAGGGACACGUGGCUGAAGAAGGGCAGAGUGGUGAGGCUGGGAGAAGUGCCCUACAAGAUGGUGAAGGGCUACUCCAACCGGGCCCGGCGAGCCCGCCUGGCCGAGCCGCAGCUGCGCGACCACAGCGACCUGGGGCUGUUCGGCCACUGGCAGACGGAGCAGUACCAGCCGCCCGUGGCCGUGGACGGCAAGGUGCCGCGGAACGAGUUCGGGAACGUGUACCUGUUCCUGCCCAGCAUGAUGCCCGUGGGCUGCGUCCAGCUGCACCUGCCGCAGCUGCAGCGCGUGGCCCGCAGGCUGGGCGUGGACUGCGCCCAGGCCGUCACGGGCUUCGACUUCCACGGAGGUUACUCCCACCCCGUGACCGACGGCUACAUCGUCUGCGAGGAGUUCAGGGACGUGCUCCUGAGCGCCUGGGAGGAGGAGCAGGCGCUGGCGGAGAAGAAGGAGAAGGAGAAGAGGGAGAAGCGGGCUCUCGGGCACUGGAAGGUUCUGGUCAAAGGCCUGCUCAUCAGGGAGAGGCUGAGGCUCCGCUACGGGCCCAAGAGCGAGGCGGCAGCGCCCCACGCGGCCGGGGGGGCUGGCCUCUCCUCUGACGAAGAGGAGGGCACCAGCUCCCAGGCAGAAGCGGCCAGGAUCCUGGCGGCCUCCUGGCCUCAGAACCGAGACGCCGAGGAAAAGCCGAAGCCGGAGUGUUCCAGGAGGAGCAGGAGGGGGAAGAAAGCAGAGGCUUCCCACCUGUUCCCCUUCGAGAAGCUGUGACCCGAGUGCCACCAGCCCCACACCUACCGGGCGGUGGCCGGACCCCAGCGACGUUGCAGGCGAGGCGGGGGGAGGAGGCCGGGGGAGGAGGCCGAGUGGAGGAGUCUGAGCGGAGGGGCUGCGGCGGGUCUGGGCUGGCCCCGGCCCCCGUCAGAUUCGGCCAGGGGGGACUUCCAGUGCCCUUUGCCACCAAAGCCCACCUGCUCUGUGAGCGACAGAGCCCUUGCCCGGAACCAGCCUCCCUCCCCGUCCUGUUCUUCCCGUCUCUGGAACGGGGGUCGGUUUUCGUAUAGAAGCCGCUGGGAAGUCUCUGGAUGACGGUGUAGUUAGGGAUGCAUUUAGGAAUUCCGGUGCAUCUAGGAAUUUAAGAGUGCGUUUAGGUGCAUUUGGCAGUUGUGGUGCAUUCCGGUGCAUUUAGGGAUUCUGAUGCAUAUAAUUAUUCUGGUGCAUUCCGGUGCAUUUAGGGAUUCCAGUUUGUCUUCCUCUGUCCCGCAAGUGUUCUCGCGCCCUGUCGCAGGCUUGGGCCCCUUUCUCCGCAGGCCGUUUAUUUUCGCUCUGAAUCAGGUUCGCUAACUGCCUCUCGCUGCGUCUUGGUAGCCGGGGAGCGAGCGUGCAGGUAGGCGGGUCGCAGAGUCUAGUCUUCCAAGGGACGUUCUGUGGAGGCAGAAGAGUAGAACGGAGCUGAAGUCAGGAAAGAAAAGGAACGCUAAUUGCGACUUAAGGAGAUGUUAGUAUUGCUAAAAGUAGAUCAGUGUCCAACUAGAUUUUAUUCAUAACUGGAUAAAUUUACAAAGCUCUGUGCAUUAUAGAUGUUCCAGAGAAAGAACUUUUAUAACAUUUUUGCGAAAAAAUAAAGCAUUUAUCUGAAAAGA